AUGAUGGACGAAAUUUCUGAUGUCCUCUCCGAUUUGCGCGAGCAUGAACCGUACGAUCACUUAAAGGAAGCAAUCCUCAAGCGAACCGGACGUUCCGAGGAAGAUAUGAUCCAAGAGAUACUGCGGAACGUCACUAGAGGCGAUGAAAACGCCAUCCCAGCUUCUCAGAUAUAUGAGGAACCAGCUGGGAAAGCACAACGUAUCAGAAAAGCGAAGCACGAACGCUACGAGCCCAGUAAAACGGAACGGGCGUUGGCCGACCUUCAACGGCAAAUUCGGGAGCUCCAGAUCUCCCUGCGCCCGCGGACGAGGACAUCGACCCCAUCUCGACGGAGACGAACCCCAGCCGAGAACGGCGAAGCGACCAGGGUGUUUGUUGGUUUCAUCGCACAUUCGGCGAUGAGGCCAGGAAUUGUAAACCUCCUGUACACACCCGUCGGCCCGGGGAAACGAAUAAACCGGAGAGUCGCGACGACUAACUCUUCCGGUGCCAACACGCAAUGUCGUCUAUUUUACGUUUGGGAUCGACGGAACAAGUUGAAAUUCCUGGUGGACACAGGUGCGGCCAUCAGCGUGGUACCCCUUCAGAACGACCACACCGCUAAGCCCACCCUGAUCAAACUACGAGCAGCGAAUGGUUCCGCGAUAGACACGUACGGAGAAAGGACCCUUACUUUGAAUAUCGGCAUGCGACGCGAUUUCACUUGGACAUUUACCGUGGCCAACGUGAAGGUACCCAUCCUCGGCGCGGAUUUCCUGGCGCAUUACGCACUGGCGGUCCAUAUGAACCCUAGGACUCUGUCCGAUACGACGACGAAUCUCCGUGUCUUAGGUACCCCUUUACACGUCAAGGCUCCACAGGAAUCAGCGUCGCAACAUGCCAUGACGUUUUCAAAACCAACAUCUCCUUUCGUCGAGGAACUCCGCCACAAAAUGGCCCGGCUUAAAUAUGCAACUCCACGACAGCAACCGGUGAAUUCGUACAUCCCUCAACACUUGCGAGAUUGCAAAUUCGUUUUCGUACGGAACGACGCCGUGAGACGACCACUCACGCCGGCAUACCAAGGUCCUUUUCAGGUUCUUCGACGCACCGACAAGCACCUUACGAUCAAGCGCGCCAACUCGACCGACACCAUCGCAAUCGAUCGGACCAAGCCUGCUUUUCUGGAGAAGCGACAGUAUGACGCAAACCCGGCUCUGCGGCCCCCUAAUGCUAUUCCAGCGCACCCAUCAGACGCAGCACCGCAGACAUCAAACGACACCCCAGCGACUCCUGUGCGGCAGACCCGAUCCGAGUUCUUUUUGGUUCGGUACCUGCUUGCAUGCACCCUUACUCGCCGCUCCGCCUUUCUUGAUAACUUUGGUAUGUUUUAUUCCAUUCUUCUUUUGUUUUUUCUUUAUUCGCCUUUACAUACUGCUUUACCAUGUCUACCAUUGUUAAUUGCCUCUUUCUGGCUCUCAACGCUUAGCUGCCUUUCCGAAUUUGUUGCUGUCAUAUUUAACAUAAAUACGACACGUGCUUCGCUAGUCUUAGCCUCCUUCGCCACUACUGUCUGCCUUGCGGCUGCUGGUAGUAAGUUAACUUACUUCUUUCUUUCUUUCUUCUCUCUUGCUUCCUUCUCUGUCUCUCGUCUCCCCUUCCUCUUGGUCCCUUUCGUCGCAGCGGACUCAUGUUUUUUGUUCAUUUUUUCUUUCAGAUUUUUUACCUGA